GAAAGCAUUCUGCCAGCCCGGCUCCUACCAAUCGCAAAUCACUUCCUAACCUCCGCCUUUUUAACAUAUUUGAUCACUUUGAUUCUCCGCUGCUUUUUCCUAUUAUAUUUCAGCGCACGGAGGAGGUUUUUUUGUAGGUUGUGAUCUUUGGUUUUUUUUUUUAGGGUUUUUUGUUUUGUUUUUGUUUUACGGCUUUUUGCUUUUUUGUUGUUUUUUGGAGGGGGAAGAGUUGUCUUCAUAUCCCAAGCUCUCAAAACACUGAGCUUCAGCUGCGCGCUUGUCUGGCGCAACCACACAAGGAGAAACGGGAAGAAGACGCUGCUUAUUCUGAUUUUAUUAUUAUUAUUACCAUUCGUCUGGGUUUCUUCAAGACUUGUGCUGGAACUUGAUAGUAGAGCUGCUACGGUGUGUAUUUUUUUUUUGCAUGCUGCCCUUGGGAGCCCGCUCCAUCGUACCCAGAAGAGUCCCAUGCUUCCUCGGUUGGUUCUUUUUGACAUAUUCAGCCUACCUUUUCUCCCAUUGAUGGGUGUGCUGGAUGGCUGACUGUAAGCGCCCCUGGACUUGGCCUUUCAGCGCAAGGCAGCCGCGCAGCUCGCCGUCGCAUCAGUUUUGAAAGCGUUCCUCCGCGGGCGUCUCUAACAGGCAAUAAAAACCGACAGUUUUUCGGGAGAUCCGGAGUGGAUCCAGACGCCAGGGCUGUUACAGUCUCCCCCCCUCAGUUUUUUUUCCUUCUUCUUCUUCUUCUUCUUCUUCCUUGAGACAUUCUCCACCGCGGGCAGCAAACACGGCAGACAAAAAGUUUCUCUCCGUUGACUGAUAGAUAUGGCAAUGGUAGCGUGGAGAGGCUCCCAGGACGAUGUGGCUGACACCCAAGGCGCCCUUUCCUCGCAGACCCAAGGAGGACUAUCCCUUCCUACCCCUCAGCCGGGCCAGCUGAACCUGACAGCCUCCCAGAUCGCCCCUCCGACCCCACAGACUCCGGUGCAGGGACCCCCGAACAACGCGCAAUCCACGCCGACGAACCAGACGUCGCAGCAGCAAUCGGAGAAGCAGCCGCAGCACAUCGAGUGCGUGGUGUGCGGGGACAAAUCUAGCGGCAAGCACUACGGCCAGUUCACCUGCGAGGGCUGCAAGAGCUUCUUCAAGCGGAGCGUACGGCGGAACCUCACUUACACAUGCCGUGCCAACAGGAAUUGUCCGAUCGACCAGCACCACCGCAAUCAGUGUCAGUACUGCCGCCUCAAAAAAUGCCUUAAGGUCGGCAUGAGACGGGAAGUUUCUCUUUUUACUGCAGCCGUGCAAAGGGGACGGGUGCCACCCACACAGCCACACCACGGUCAGUUCGCCUUGACAAAUGGAGACCCACUCCACUGCCAUUCCUACUUAUCCGGAUAUAUCUCUCUUCUGCUGAGAGCGGAGCCCUACCCGACGUCCCGCUACGGCAGCCAGUGCAUGCAGCCCAACAACAUCAUGGGCAUCGAGAACAUUUGCGAGCUGGCUGCCAGGAUGCUCUUCAGCGCCGUGGAGUGGGCCAGGAAUAUUCCCUUCUUCCCGGACCUGCAGAUCACAGACCAGGUGGCUCUGCUGAGGUUGACGUGGAGCGAGUUAUUCGUGCUCAACGCGGCGCAGUGCUCCAUGCCCCUGCAUGUGGCUCCUCUCCUGGCGGCGGCUGGCCUCCACGCCUCCCCCAUGUCCGCGGACAGAGUGGUGGCCUUUAUGGACCACAUUAGGAUCUUCCAGGAGCAAGUGGAGAAGCUCAAAGCUUUGCACGUUGACUCUGCCGAAUAUAGCUGCUUAAAGGCAAUUGUGCUCUUCACCACAGAUGCUUGUGGCCUCUCAGAUGUGGCCCAUGUGGAAAGUUUGCAGGAGAAGUCCCAGUGCGCCCUGGAGGAAUAUGUCCGGAGCCAGUAUCCCAACCAGCCAACACGGUUUGGGAAGUUGUUACUCCGCUUGCCUUCCCUCCGCACAGUCUCUUCCUCGGUCAUAGAACAGUUAUUUUUCGUCCGAUUGGUAGGUAAAACCCCAAUUGAAACUCUCAUCAGGGAUAUGUUGCUGUCGGGGAGCAGUUUUAACUGGCCUUACAUGUCAAUUCAGUAAAAAAAAAAAAAAACAAGAAGGAGACGAACUUGAACAAAACAAAAAGGUGGGGGGGCUUUGAAGGUGUGUGUGUGUGUGCAAGGGAGGGGGGGACUACAUUGAUUAUAGCUGCUUUUGUGGAAGGAUUUAAAAAAAAAACGGCUGUUACACGGGGCUGGCUUUCAUGAAGAAAGACAUAAAUGACUGUGAAUCCCCCCCCCCUCCCCUCCCACUCUGAGAGAAAAAAAGAAAAAUUAAGACAUCCAACUGAACUUUCAAAAAUACAAGCUCCCACAGUGUUCAGCAAGACCAACAUGCUCCUAUUCAUUUUUUUUUAAGAAAGAAGAAAAUGUGGAAAAAAAAGGGGAAGCGAUUUUUUUUGUUGAUCAUUAUGAGGAAAUUUUAAGUAUUAAGUGCAUUUAAAAAAUGGGACAAAAAAAUUGGGUUUAAGAAAAAAAAAAGAAAAAAGUUAAGAAAGGGAAAAAAAAAAAAUCAUUUUCUGAAAUGACUUGUCCUGUGUCCAUGUAUAGCUGUGUUUUUGUACUUUCUUUGUUCCUCCUUUCUGGUUACAAACCGGCCUAUGUGAUUUCUGUAGUUCAGGUGGUGUUAUUUUUUAAGACAAUGAUUUAUUUUAAAAAUGGUGAAAUAAUGUAAAGAAAUAAAUAAAAAAAACAAAACAAAGAAACAAAAGGUUCUAAAGAGAAUUAAAACCACAGCAAUAGGAGAAUAGGCUUAAUGCUGCAAGCGCACUUAUACACUUGGGAUGACCAACACCAUCUGGGGCAAAACUAGGGAGGUGUUGAACUUUCUGACCCAUUUUUUUUUAAUUAUCAUUAUUAUUUGCUAUUACAAAGUUCCAGGAUCUGUUUUUUUUUCUUAUUUUGCUCCUCGCUAAAGAAAUUUUGAACCCGCUUGCAUGAUUUCAAUCAACAAAUACCUGGCAUAGCUUCUUCAAAUUGGACACAGCUAAAAGGACAUAAAAAAAACCGCUCUAUUUCAUUAAUUCUUUUUUUUUCUGCAAGUCUUCAAGGCCUGCUGCUAUAAAGGCAAACCAAGAGCACUGGAGAGCAACAGAAAGCAUAACCUGGCUGGUCGUAAAAUAAGAAGUUGGAGAGGUCAAGGGGUCGUAAAAGUUUUGAAGCGGAGCCAGAGCGGUGUUUAAUAGCAGUAUUAUUAAAGCCUCCCUGAAAUGUCAACCUUUAUUCACUUCAAGCAUUAAGUGCCUGACAAGCAUGAUGUGAUUUCUUAUCAAAACCCUGUUAAAAGUAGGCCUACGCAACAAACAGUUUUUAUUUUGUUCAGGGGGUGGGGAGGGGAGGGCCGGAAGAAAAUUAGAUACCAGUCGUGUGUUUCACUUGCAAAAACACUGAUUUAGAGGCAGUAUUCUUGUAAAUAUAGGUCAGUUCAUUUCAACGAGUUUGUUCCUUUAUACAAAGUAUAUGUGAUUAAGAAAAAAAAAAAAAUCUGUGGUUGCCAUUUUUUUCUUUUGUUUCUCGGUAAUACAAACGUCUUCAGAAUUGAGUGGCAGGUUUUAGCUGGUAGCACUGAAAGUUCUGUUUUUAAUGUAUAUACAUAUUACUGCGAAAAUGUUUUCUUUUUCAUGUAUAUUUAGACUGUGAAUGCAUGGCCACAGGUCGCUAACCUAUUUUACCUUUGAUAUAUAAAUGUAAAUGUUUUCUCUAUCUCUCUCUCUCUCUCUCUUAUUCUCGCUCUUUCUUUUUUGACUGUAUAGAUAUAAUCUGUGCAUUCAGUACACACUAGCCCUUGUAUUUAAAGAGACAGAAAAGAGGGGAGAAAAAAAGGAAAAGGACGGUCAUUAUUAGGCUACAGACGCAAAACAGGGUGAGCAGAUUUGUUGUUUUUUUUUUUUACUUUUGUUUUUUUUUUUCUGGAAAAAAGAAAAAAAGGAGCAAAUAUUUUAAACUUUACUGUUAUUGCUCCUUUGCUCUUUGACAGGUGCCGUGGUAUGUGUGUGUGUGUGUGUGUGUGUGGGCGUGUGUGCGAGCGUGCAUGUGCGUGCGUGUGUGGAAGCUGCGUUUUGUCAUUGUUUUGAAGAUUUCCUUUAACACUCACAUACAUGCACACACACGCACACACGCACACGCACACACAGACAGGGAGAAAAAGAAGAAGAAGAAAAAAAAAACACCAUGUUGUGGUUGAACUGAAAGGGAUUGAACACUGAUGUUUGGCUGUUCGUGGCCACAUAUGGACCAGAGAAUGAUACAUGAUUGUAAUUAUGAACAGUUUAAACUGACCCACGUUUUUAUAUAAAUAUAUAAAAAUAUAUGACUGCAGGGUAUUGAUAACGUAUAGAUACUUUUUUUAUGAUUAUCAUUAUUAUUAUUAUUAUUAAUUGCAAGUGAUAUAUGUGAGUGUGUGUGAAAGUUUAUAGUUGAACACAAUUCUUGUUUGUUUGUGUUAGCUUAUUGUAAACAAGCAUUCUGCUGUAAAUUUGUUCUUGGUAUUAAAUUAUAAUUUAUGAAUUUGAAAA